CAACUAAUAAAUGCUUAUUCGAAUGUGGGAGAUGUCAAAAAUGCUUUAUCUACAUUUGAUAUGAUCGAAAAUGCUGGGCUUGAGCAAACAGUAUACAGCUUUGCAAAUUUAAUUAAAGCAUAUGUAAACAAUCUACAAAUUGAUGAAGCCUUCAACGUCUAUUCCAAAAUGAAGGCCGCUAAAAUAAUGCCAAAUCAACCAAUUUUCUCAAUGUUAAUCAAGGGAUGCAUAAAAAAUGGCGAGGUUGCACGUGCUUGGAAAACGUUUGAUCAUAUGCGGCUAGAAGUUUGCCAACCUGAUGAAGUGACUUAUAGUCUAAUGAUUCAUAUUUGUGCAAAG